UGUGAUUGGAGCAACAGCACUCUUUAUUUGCGUUAGGAGCUGUACAGUUGCUCGCUGAUUGUCUCCAGCAGAAGCUGUAUAUUUAACGAAUGGAACACUGAUUUGACAUGACAUUUUAAAGCGUGGACCAAAAAACCCCAAACAUAGGCUGGAUGAGUGGGCCAAGUUUUACCCCGCCUGCCGAGGUGGCUGAGAUUAACCGCAUCCAUUAUGAGCUGGAGUACACAGAGGGCAUCAGCCAGCGCAUGCGAAUCCCAGAGACCCUCAAGGUGGCGCUGGAGAGCGGAUCGGGGCCCACUCUGCUUCAGCCACCUCUACCGGUUCACACAACUCUGAUGCAGGUUCCUGAAAGAAUUGUUGUUGCAGGUGACGAUGGAGAGUCGAGGUUUGUUCAACCAAGAGAUUUAGAUCUAAUUCAAUCGGUUCCAUCGGUGGACCUCCUGAACAUGAAGGCCCCGCCGCGUGUCCUCACCCUUACAGAACAGCCGCUGGACUCUCUGGAAACGGAUCAAGCUGCCAACUCACAGAGUAAUCCCAGCCACACUGCCAGUUAUAACACCCGCUCUCGGAGGGAACGCAGUGCAAGUGAGAACAUACCUGGUCGUCAUGGCAGCCAUUGUAGCAGAGGAGACGUAAGCGUAACCCCCUCCCCAUCAGCCCCCCCUGUCCGCCUCUGUCCUCCCCUCUGUUCUCCAGAAGAUGCAAACAUCAACCUGUUUACAGCUGCUGGGUUUCUGUCUUACGUUCAGUCAACGACGCGCCGUGCUUAUCAGCAGGUCCUUGAACUCUUAGAUGAUAGCCACCGGAGAACCCACUUGGACUUGGCUCUGGAUAUGAACCCUGACGAAUCUGGCUUAGUUGAUGCUUCAUCGCUGCGGCGUCAGAUUGUGAAACUCAACAGACGUCUGCAGCUGCUGGAGGAAGAAAACAAAGAACGCUCCAAGCGGGAGGUGGUCCUGUACUCGGCCACGGUGGCGUUCUGGCUCAUUAACACGUGGAUCUGGUUACGUCGCUAAACCGGGAUAUGGCCCGAAUCUCCAAAAACACUGGAAACCAAAAUUUCAAGAUUAUCUCUGACUAGGGAACACCUGAACCAGUGAAACCAGAAAGUGCUCAAAAUUUGGAAAAAGUAAAGCGCUUUAGAUGCUUUCUGGAUGUGCUCUGUUUACUCAGUAUAUAUCUUGUUCCUGCAAGUUAUUGCCCACAAAAUGAAGGCCAGACAUCUUGAUUGUAUUUUCUGAGCUGUUGCCUCUGUUGUCAAAUUUAAAACUAGUUAUCUGACUGAGUUAAAAUAAUUUUACUGUGGCUAUUAAUGAAUAAUCCUGACACCAAACACUGAGACAAAGCUCACUACAAGUCAUAUAAAAUGUUAAAAUGUUACAAAAAAGAAUGAAACUGUAAAAUAAAAAAUAACAAUUGUGUUCAAUUGACAGCAACAAUCAGAAAGAGAAAGAGUGUCCAUAAUGCCAGUUCCUGUUUUACACUCUAUUUGCAUAUUUUGGACAACAUUUGUUUACUUUUAGUUUUUUACACAGGUUGGGGAAUUUAAAGGCUUGCACAGAAAAAAAAGACUUGUCUUAGUAAAAACAAAACUCAGCUGUUACUGACAGGCCUCUAUUAAACUGAGCAGCAUGUGUUUGAAAAGACUCACAAGACUAACAAGGAUUUCUUUAAGUGACAAACACAGUUUUAGGUCUCGUAUCUAGGCUGAAAUGUAGGUCCCCUGCUGUGGCCAUCAUUAACCAUUCGUAAAGUGUCAAAAUAUUAAUAAUUCUGCAGAUGCCAUAGCCAUUUCCCUGCAUGUCACAUGUUUAGGAGAUUCUCAUAUGUUUUAUAUGAAUUGUGUAUCUGCGGCGGGGUGGGUGGGGGAAGACUUACUAUGAUCUGUUACAUGAAGAUUCCACAUACUAUUCACAGAGCUGGAGCUGUUUUUUUGUUUCUCAGAUUAAAGCCAUUAAUCCCAUUGUUUUAUUCAUCAUGAAUUUUGCUGUAAAUCCAGGAGCCAAUGUGUUCAUGCUCAGGUGUAGUAGAUGAAUACUUGUUUUUGAAUACCAUAUUCAUCUGUUGUGCAUCCUUCUUAUGUGAACAUUGCAUACAUAUGUAUUAAUAUUUAUUUAAAGAGAGGAUACGUUAGGUUAAUAUUUGUUUCUAAUUUAUUCAUUUGUGAAAUGUCUGUAAAUAUUAUUGCUAUAAUAAAUGCUGGAGGUCCGUUUCCUC